UAGGGCUGGCUUCCAAUGUCAGGUUCGAGUCAUGUUCUUUGCGGGGAAGCGGACGCCCAUGGAUCUGGCAGCUGAAGCUCGCUCCCGGUUCUGUACCAGACCUAUCCGGGUAAUCGUUCCCGUCCCCGCCCCGCCCUCUGUUCCUGGGCUGGGCUGAGGGGCUCCACAUCUGUACCAUACUGUACAGUACAGUACGCACCUACUCGUACAACCUGCGUGACAACACCUAGAACCUAGAAGAUGCAAUUGUUCUCUCAGACUCCCAAUGAGUUACAAGUGGGGUAUGGUAUCAAUUGCCAGUGGAACCCACGAACAACCAGUUGUAUCAAAAGUACUAUCAAAGGUUGCUAGCUGACCACCACCUAGUCUGAAAAAGCUCGGCUAAUGAUUCGGUAUCCACGACCUAGCCGGAAGAAUGAGGUGGACGAGCUCUUCCGGGGAGGAAACGGGGAGGAGAAUCGUUCUGGCUCUGGGAGACGACUAAGAAGCUCGAUGACCUCUACCGACACCUUUACCCCUCCCUACCCCUCACUAAGAGCGAGACUAUUUCAUGACCCCUUUCACUCAGUAGCAGUAAAAUUUGUCCCCAGACAAGCUUGAGAGCAACAAAGAAAUCAGAAACACAAGACUUUGAGCAUCAAAAUCAAUAAUCACCAUGUCAGGCACUCGUCAACAACGUCCACCUUUCAGAGCAGAGCAUCUAGGCUCUCUCCUCCGUCCCGAGAAGUUGUUGGCUGAACGCCAUGCUAUCGAUAGUGGAAAGGGUGACCAGAAGAAGCUCGCGGCUGUCACAAAAGACUCAAUUGAUGAGAUUGUCAAGGAACAGCUCGAUCUUGGAUUCCAUGCUGUUUCUGAUGGAGAGUACCCUAGGCACAUGUUUUGGGGUACAUUCUUCCCAGGCCUCGACGGUUUCGAAGAAGUGACGGAUUUUGAUACGGAUAUCUUUAGACUCUACGUCCCAGAUAUUGCAGCUUUCACAGAAAGCGGUCACAAACCCGGAGAGACAGUCCUAUGCACAGGAAAGAUCAGACACGUCGGUAGCACGUACGUUGAUCAAUGGAAUUACCUGAAGAGCCAAUUGCCGAAGGAUAAACAACGAGAGGCAAAGCUCACCGUAGCGGCCCCAAAUUGGUACCAUCUACGCUACAAGACAGGCAAAGCAUACCCUAAAGAAGUCUACCCUUCCGACGCGGAAUACUUUGCAGACAUUGCCAAAGCAUAUCAAGCCGAGCUCCAGAUUCUUUACGACAAUGGUCUUCGCAAUGUUCAAAUUGAUGACCCAAACCUAGCCUACUUCUGCUCUGAGAAUAUGCUUGCGGGUUUCAAGAAAGAUGGUGAAGACUCCGAGGCACUCUUUGAUUCAUACAUCAAGCUUUACAACGACUGUCUUUCCAAACGCCCAGCAGAUAUGCACGUUGGCGUCCACCUCUGCCGCGGGAACUUCGUAGGAGGUCGACACUUCUCCGAGGGUGGUUACGAUGCAAUCGCCACUAAGCUGUUCCAGAAGUUGAAUGUCGACACUUAUUACCUCGAGUACGACACCCCACGCGCCGGAGGCUUCGAACCGUUGAAGGAGCUUCCUAAGAACAAGAAUGUAAUCUUGGGCUUGAUUACGAGCAAAUUCCCGAAACUGGAAGAUAUCGAGGAGAUGAAGAAGAAGGUGUUCCAAGCUGCUGCAUUAAUCAGUCAAGGAACUGGGGAGACUAAGGAGGAGACUCUUCAGAGACUUGGUGUUAGCCCUCAGUGUGGAUUUGCAAGUCACAGUGAUGGCAAUAACGUAGGACACGACGAGAUGGUGGCGAAGUUAAAGUUGGUGAGAAAGUUGGCUGACACCAUCUGGCCUGGUGAACCUUGAUCUUGAAAUAGAUAGUCUUUUCCGAGUGGAUUGUUUGGGUGUCAAGAUUGUCGGGGGCAUGUUGUUGUCCCUCGUGAUGGCAGCAUCGCCUAAUCGAGCCAAUAUCGGCAAUAUUCUGUAUACCGGGAUUGAGAACAAUCGAUAGUGAGACCUCCUAAAGGUUGAUAGCUAAAAUUUAAGGGUGUUGAUUCAACUUGAGCUUAUGUAGGAUGAGGAGGCUCCUCCGUGUCCUCGUGGAUAGCAUCCACUUGCUUCGUUCGUUUGUUCCGUUCAACCUUGGACAUUGAGCGAGGGGAAUUCGAGGCCGCGUCACCGUCAACAUCACAUCCAGCGAACAGUGCUGAUUGUGCCAGCGUGCGACUCUUCUGUACUGGUCACAAGCUGUCGUCGGAGACUAUAUUGGAUUGCACUAAAACACCAAGUGGGGUAAGUUGGGGGGAAGUGUGGCCCGUGAUGGAAGGAGUGCAGGUGAAACUUCAUGGGAGGACCGGAAUCGAUGCCCGGCAGUGGUCGUUUUGCAAGGAAGCGGAGCGGCAGGGUCGGAUGGACUGGAACGUAUCGUGGGGGCCAUGCACUUAAAGCCCUUUUAGGCUCGUCUGCCGGACCGUCAAAUAUAUUCCAAAGCCUUGUAUAUUGAACCUUAUUUGUCCCUCAGACACGGGCCGAGCCUUGGAUACAAGCCGAACUCCGAGUUGUUAGAGGGAGGAUUACUUUCGCCGUUUGCUAAUCUAUAUUUGGAUAUCUUGCAAGGUACAUUCCACAUAGCGUAGGAUAACGAUAUGUGACUUUGAUGGAUGAGGAAGGUGCAAAGAGCUCACGAGGCGGGACUAAGGUAGUUGCCCCCGCAGACCCUGAUGCCAUCAAUACUUGUCCGAUAGUGGUUCAGG